UAUAAAUCGACAUGUAAUUUUUAGAAAAAAUUUUUGUACGUAAUCAAGGUGAGUGGUAAAUUUGUAAAUAAAAAAAAUUAGGGCUUGUCGAAAACGCCUACAUUUUAUUCAAGAAAUCUGCGCUACAUCCAUCAUUAAUUGUUAAAAAACAUGGCGUUUAAUGGUGCAGAAAUACGGAGCAGUCAAGGUGGCGUAGAAGAAUCUGAUACAGGAAAAAUAGUUCUUGGUUUGUUUCUAAUCAUCGUGUGCUUUAGUGUACCCAUUGUCGUUAUAUAUAUAGGUGCUAGAAAUGUUCACAACUGUCCUGCUCAAGAUCUUAUUCCAAUUUAUUUAAUUGUUAGCGGUGCCAUAGCUAUUAUAUGGUUCCUUACUUCAAUCGUGUGUGUGUCAAGUCUUAAAGCCCUACUAGAGGGAAAUGCUUUUCGAAAACGCCUUUCUUGCAUAAGCCCAUUCUUCUUUGGUAUGGUAUACUCGAUAUAUUUUCCUUGGCUUGGUUUAUUUGCGGCAAUGUAUGGGUAUUUCGACAAUACGAGCCAUCCUACAACGUAUCGGCAGAGAACUAUUGCGACGAAACGACGUAUAAAUUCGCCAUUUCGGCAAUCAUUUUAACGUACCUCGGCAUAUUUUUUAGUUUCUGUAACUACUGCUGUAAAUUACAUUCAAAUGAUGAUGAACAAGAAGUGCUUAGAGCAAUGGCGUUCAAUAAUCAGUUGAGCCGUUCAAGAAACGCUAACAGUGAGGUACUAAACAUGUAUCGGUGAUCAUUGUAGAUUCGCUUUUAGAAUGCAGCACAAAAUGUAAAGAAUUGCACUGUGUAGGUAAUAUAAUAUUCCUAAAUAAGGUUGUUGAUAGAACACCUGGUGUCAAGUGACAUCUGAAAUUAGUUCUAUCCAAAAUACGUAGUUGACUUAAAAGCCUAUUCCUACACCUUAUUCUGAGGAAAUAAUUCGCCUACUACUAUAACUAUAAAAUAAAUUCGUGUCUUAGCUAGGUAAUAAGCUAUAAAAAGAGUCAUAACCAAAAAAUAUCUUGAGGGAAAUAUAUAGAGAAAUCUUAAAAGUUGGAUAAUUUUUUAAACUUGAACAGGAUUUUGAACUGUGCAGGACGUUAGAUGGUAUUUUCACUAAGGCGCUGAAAGAAAGGGUAGGACUGGAUUUUAAUCUUUUUAUUAAGAUUUUAAUUUUAGGAAACCCUGUUUGCGAAGUUGCUGACUCUUUAGAAUCUUCUUGAGAAUUCGCACACGCCAGGAAGGAUAUUUUAUAAAAAUUACCCUUAUUCGUAGCUCUGCUGGGCGAGAAUUUAACUUUUGGAUAAACAUAUUAAAUUAGUUAAUAACGAGGUUUCUAAAAGCUGUGAAUCUUUUAUAAAGCCAGUUUCGCUUUGAGCAUAUAUUUUGUCUUUACACAAUGGUAUUUAAAUUAUGCAAACGUGGCAUGGGGUAGCACUAAUAUAACAUUAAAAAAACUGCACACUCAUUUAAACAUACCAGUAGGAUUAUAUUACGACAGAACAAAUAUGUUCCCUUUCUGGCCCACUGUUAAAAGAGCCGGGGAUAAACAAUACGCACACUGGAAACUUUAUUGUGUGACAGGUAAACAUUCAAGUUCUUAUUUUCAUGUAUAGGAUUGAAAAUUUAAUAGCACCAAAUAUAUUUAUCACACUAUUUAAGAAAGUUCAACAUAAAUAUCCAACUGGAUUGUCAUGUUACUAUUGUGUUGGGUCAAAAAUCAUAUCUAAUAUAACAAAUUUUUCAACAUCAAACCGAGGUUCAAAACUUCUAAGGCUUGGUUUUCAUCUAGCGUUAAAUCGUUUUUUCCCGCUAAUUUCUGGCCUGGGUGUUGAUCAUAUCUUUAUCAUAUUGAGUAUUUUCCAUCACAAGUAUUUUUUUUGUCUUGUUUAUUUACUUUGUUUUAAUUUAUUUUUAUUUUUCGUGACGCUUCAAUUUAUUCCUUAAUUUGCAUUAUCUAGACUACCAAGCCUCCUUUAGCUUUAAUCAAUUAAUAAUAGCAUCAGGAUAAAUGAUCCUGAUGCCGUUCAAAUAUGCUUUCAAAACCCAAGAAUUUCGUCUGAUUAUUUGGCUGUUCCCAUCGUCUAUGCUCUAUAUUCUCAUGUUCAUUUUGUUUUUUUUAUUUCUGAUUGAAUUAAUAUUACGUUUGCACAUGCAUUUAUUAUUUACGCAUAUCAGCAUUAAGAACCAUUGCAAUCUACGGAUGCUUGAAAUAUAUAUCGAUUAAUAACAAUAAUGAUAAUAAUUAACGCUGGUUUUAUUCUUUUUAAUCCUAAUCGUAUAUUAUAAUACGCUUGUGUAUGUGACUAUGUGAGUUUACGGUACUAAAAUGACGGGUGAUUUUUAUGGCUUAUGCAUUUUGUCCUCAAAGCGUUAAAAAAAUUGCAACACGGAAUUUUAUUUCGUUUAUUUUAAAAGCCGUACGGU